AGGUGGGGGUUUAUGAGAUGAGAUUGGGAUAGACGUGAUCACUCACCUUCUGCUUUGUUGAAGGUCGAAACAGCAUUUUUUGAAUUUGUUUCAGAUUUGCAAAUAAACUGCAAUUUUGCUUCUAAUCUGUGUGCAGCGAUUAAGGAUAAAAUGGGUCGUAAAUUUUUUGUCGGUGGUAAUUGGAAAAUGAAUGGAGUCAAAUGUGAAAUAGAUGGUAUUGUUGAAUUUUUAAAAGCAGGUCCUCUCGAUCCAAAUGUUGAGGUUGUUGUUGGAGUUCCAUCUAUAUAUUUGACAUAUGUAAAAAACAUAUUACCUAAUAAUGUUGGUAUUGCUGGACAAAAUGCAUAUAAAGUUGCGAAAGGGGCAUUUACUGGAGAAAUAAGUCCUGCUAUGCUUAUGGAUAAUGGAAUUCCAUGGGUAAUUCUUGGACAUUCUGAACGUAGAAAUGUUUUUGGAGAAACAGAUGAAUUAAUUGCAGAAAAAGUAGCUCAUGCUUUGGAAAGCGGACUUAAGGUAAUUGCAUGUAUUGGAGAAAAAUUAGAAGAACGUGAAGCUUGCCAAACAGAAGAAGUGGUAUUCAGACAGACAAAAGCCAUUGCAGAUAAAAUUAAAUCAUGGGAUAAUGUAGUUCUUGCUUAUGAACCAGUAUGGGCUAUUGGAACAGGCAAAACAGCUACACCCGAACAAGCUCAAGAAGUUCAUGAAAAACUGAGAGAAUGGUUUAAUAAAAACAUAAAUGCAACUGUUGCGGAGAAUGUUAGAAUUAUUUAUGGAGGUUCAGUAACGGCAGGAAAUGCUAAAGAUUUAGCGAAAGAAAAAGAUAUUGAUGGAUUUUUAGUUGGAGGAGCAUCUUUGAAACCUGAUUUUGUACAAAUUGUUAAUGCUAAGCAGUAAGACCAUACAAUUAUAUAAAAGCAUUAUAUGUUUAAGUUAAUAUAUAUUCUGAAAUAUAUAUUUUAAGAAUUAU